AUGUCACCAAAAUCUAAACAGAAUUCUAAGAAUAAAUCAACGCCCGCCAGUAACCGUAACAUCAAUGACAAUAGCAAACAACCGUUGGAGAAUACCACAGCCACCAGCCAGUCGCCUCUCGUAACUGAGAAACCUUCUACGCCGCCGCCGGAUAGUGUUUUGGCAUCAGCAAACAAGGACGAACAAAUUGGAGCGGAGAAUGUCAACAAAAACCCAUACAUUGACGUAGUUCAAAAAAGACUUCGAGCUUUGAAUAAGCGACACUUUAAAAACCUUCAAUGUGAAGAAAUGUUGAAAAACAAAAGUCAGGCGUUAAACCAAGAUCAAAUUCAAGCGUUGGAGCGAAAAAAUGAAAUCGUAUUCGCCAUGCAAGAAUUCGAAUUGAUCAUCAAAAAUUUGAAUUCAGUCGAGAGCGAACAAACAGAUCCACAAAAUCCGGCUCCCUCACUAUCACAGCAGCCACAAAAUCCUGCAAACCUACCAGCUGCUGCUCAAUCGAAUAAUGCAAAUAAUUCACCUGUGAAUAAUUCAUUAUCUGGAUAUCACCAACAGGCUGGUAAGGGUAGAGCCAUCGAUGUAGAAGUGGAGGAAGAAUCAAAUGGACAAAGCGUUCCUAUUUCUCUUCCAACACCACCUCCAGAAAUAAUAAGCACAACUAAAGACGGUGCUUCGAAUUCACCUGAAACACAUAAUCCAAGAGAAGAACGAGGAGCUACAACAACAAACGGGACUAGUCAGGUUGCUACCGAGUAUCAUUUAAAGGCUAUAGAGUGGUUUGACAUUACGACGGGAAAUACCAAACGCCUGAAAGUCAUCACGCAGAACGGCAACGUUCUUAUACUACGUGGUGAUAUUGAAAUUAAACCAUACGAUCGUCCAAGCAUCACAUAUGAAUUACUGGUUGAAAUACUGGGUGAUUAUUUGUGGAAUUCAAUUUCAAAGGGAGAAGCAGAGAUGAUAAACAAAACCAACAAAAUGGAGGUCGAAUUACAACAACAAUCGCAAAAUAAACAACCGUCGUCAUCCUCAUCUUCAUCAGAACGAUCAACAGAAAAAGGCGUAAAUGGCUUGAAAUCAUCAACAGCACCUGGAAUACAACCAUCUAUACACGACUAUCAUCAUACCCUGAAUGCAGCGCUAUCCAUUAUUCCGUCUUUGCAAACUGGAUUAGAUGUAAAUGUAAAAUUUAAUUCGAUAUUCGGAUUUGAACACACGGCUGAAUUAUCAGUCUUUGAUGUGUUUAAUGUGGACCUGGUGCAUGGUUGGGUGGUCGAUCCGCAAGAUCAGGAUACUUGGGAUGUGGUAGUGGGAAAAUGUGGUAGUUAUAAUCGAGCGGUCGAGUGUGUGGUUCGAGGAGAUGAAACUAGUAAAGGGCUUGUGGUGGAGAGUUUGGAUAAUGGUGCAGGUGUUGGAAAUUCGGCGAACGCAAGUGGAAAUGGAGCUUUUAAUGCUGACGAAAGAGAUGCAUUGAUUGUAUCUCAGUUUCUGCAUUUGACUGCCACACAAUUGACAUAUCAUGGAUUACAGACUUUAGCAGAAGAUCUACAACCCGGCCAUCUUUGCGUAUUAUUCAGAAAUAAUCAUUUUUCUACGCUAUAUAAACAUCCAGGAACCUCAAGUUUAUAUGUUCUUGUAACUGAUGCGGGAUUUGUCAAUGAACGUUCCGUAGUAUGGGAAACAUUGACUGAUGUCGACCAAAGUAAUUCUGAGUUCUUAAAUGCCCAGUUUCUUAAGGGAAAGGUUGUUGCCGAUUAUGUAGAUCUUACAGAAGAGCCACAUGAUUCGACGGGUGGUGGUGACCAAGACGGAUUUCGGGAUCCGGAUCAACAACAAUCAAAGCAAGGACGACAGCAGCAAAGUAAUGGCAGUCCAUCUGAUAAUAUAUCACAUUCAUCUAUUGGAAGUUCCAUCGAUACAGGAUCCGGAUCUUCGUCGGAAAAGGAAAGAAGAAAAAAAGAGAAAUCAAAGAAGAAGAACGAUUGUGUCAUUUCAUAA